AUGGCUUCACUCGACAUCUCCCGGUUAUUCAGCGUCAAAGGGUACGUCGCUGUUGUGACGGGCGGAAGCAGUGGCCUCGGAUUCAUGAUCUGCAAGGGACUCGUGGUCAACGGCGCCAAGGUGUACCUCGUAGCGCUUCCCUCUGAGUCCAUUGACGACAAGGUCGCGGAGCUCUGUGAACUCGGCAAAGCCUCUGGAGGAGGCAGCGCAGUCGGGUACGCAUGCGACGUAUCCUCCAAGGAGGCCAUCGCCGGCCUCGCGGCGUUUAUCUCGCAGCGCGAAUCUCACCUGGACAUCCUCGUGUCCAACGCCGGCAUCCGCCGCGACCCCGUCACCCCCUGCAACGUCACGUCAGCCUCCCUCGCGGAGCUGCAAGCCUCAAUGUGGUCGCAUCGGCACUCUGACUGGGCCGAAACCUUCAGCGUCAACACGGCGGCGCACUACUUCCUCUCUGUGGCCUUCAUGCCCCUCCUGGCAGCAGCGGCGCAGCGGGACCUAGGGGCCGGGAUCAAGGGCAGCAGCGAGGGCAGGGGCGCGGUAAUCGUCACGAGUUCGUGCGCGAGCAUGCACAAUGCGACAAAUGUCGACAUGUCGAGCUACGCGACGAGCAAGGCGGCGACGGACCACCUCGUGAGGCUGUUGGCAGCCAAGUUUGGGCGGUGGUACAUUCGCGUCAACGGCAUCAACCCCGGCUUUGUGCCAAGCAAGAUGAACCCCGUGGGAGAAGAGGGCAACAUGUUUGCCAAUCUCUUCGACCAAGUCCCCGCCAAAAGGGCGGGCAACGAGGAAGACAUUGCGGGUGCGGUGCUCUAUCUUGCGAGUCGCGCCGGGGCUUACAUCGACGGCAUUAAUCUGUGUGUGGAUGGAGGGCGUAUCUUGAUGGCAAACGGACAGACGUAG